UAGUUCCCUUAAUUUUAUCAACUGAAUUGACAUUCCUGGACCAAUGUUUGCUGGAGACGGAUGCACGUUACAAUAAAAUCAGACGACACUACGAUGAAACGUUUGUCAUCUAAUCCAUUCAUUUGCUUGUUCGUACUUAUAACGUUUCAUAGCCAACAAGUUCAUACCGGCUACCAAGGACGUUAUACACGCGCUGUUGAUUUACCGAACGAACAUGAAAUAGUAAUACCACGAAAGGUUAGAUCGGAUGGAAGUUUUAUAUCUCAUCAAAUACCCCAUCACUUCGAGCACUUCUUCUAUCGAAAUCGAACGACAGGCGACGAUGUCGUUCACUAUCGCCUGCGUAUUGAUCACGAAGAACAUCACAUCGAGCUCUAUCCAAAUCAUCGACUCCUUGGACCAGGUGCAGUAAUUGAAAAACGUCGCGGAUCGCAAGAUUUUUUAAACAAUAUGCAACUGAAGCGAUUGGGAGACAUGCAAUGCCAUUAUCGGGCCCGUGUGCGAAAUCAAUCGGAUGACAGUGCGCUAUCCACUUGUUACGGACUUGUUGGCUACAUUAAAAUGAAGCACGCGUGGUACAUGAUCGAACCACUGGCUGGACCAGUUACCAAAGAAAUGGGGCACCCACAUAUCGUGUAUAAAAGGAGCCCAAAUGAGUAUGAAGACGAUGCCAUGCAGAAUCUUUGCAGCGUCAUUGGAAAAACAUCUAAAACCAUUGCCAAGCGUGCUUUAAACCCGCAGAAAAGAAUGCCUGCAAGAUCAAUCGACAAUAAGUCGUACACGCUAGAAUUGCUGGUGGUGUUGGACAAAUCUUUGUUGGAUUAUCAUAAAGAGAGAGAGUUCGAUGCUGCAGGGUUGUUUCACGACGUCAGUCUAGGCGUACACAUGCAGUUGACCAUAGUAAGAAUUAUAAGAUUGGAAGUGAAGGAAAAUGAGAUGAAUUUGUCAAUAAAUCGAGACGCGGAUGCAACGUUGAAGCAUUUCCAAGAAUGGCAGUACACCAUGAAUCCCGGCGACGAUUCCCACCCAAAUCAUCACGAUUGUGCGGUUCUCAUUAGCAAAUUAGAUAUCUGUGUCUCGAGAAAGCUCUGUGGCUUUACUGGUACAUCCACGAUCGCUGGUACGUGCGAUCCUUUGAGAGGUGCAGCCAUUGUGAGAGACGCUGGUCUACCAACCGGUUAUCAUAUAGCUCAUCAGAUAGGCCACACCCUGGGUAUGUCCCACGACGUGCAGCGGGAGAACGGCUGUCCUGGUAUAGUUUAUCACGGAAACGGAUACGCGGAGACCACCGUUAUGCACCCCGGCGACAUGUACAUCACGAAAAAAUGGUCCGAAUGUUCCCGACGCUACCUGCGCUCGUACAUCGAGCAGGGUCUUGCGUUCUGCUUAGAGGACGAGCCGCAGGAUCAUCACUUUCCAGCAGCGGAAAUGUUGCCAGGCGUGAUAUAUAACGGUGACGAUCAAUGCCGUUUACGAUAUCGACCAGACGCUCGGCAAUGUGACAUGGGAGUCACUUGUGAAACCCUUAGGUGCGCCAUCCCCGGAAGAGGUUGCGUGACUGGCAGGAAACCACUCGCCGAGGGCACCCCAUGUGGCGAAAAGAGAUGGUGUUACCAAAUGAAGUGCCUAAUGGUAGGAGAACGACCCGGAAUCACAGACGGUGGUUGGGGUGCCUGGUCGUCCUGGAGCAGGUGUUCGCGGACAUGCGGCUCCGGCGUGGCAUACGCUGUGAGAAAAUGUAACCAGCCAUCUCCAUCUAAAGGCGGCUCUUAUUGCAUCGGUGACAGGAAGCGCCAUAAAAUCUGCGCCACGGAUCCCUGUGAAAUCGGCGCACCCUCGUUUCGCGACGUGCAGUGCGCCGAAUUCAACGAUUGGAUAUUUCCGGAAGACGGAAAGGUUCAUCGUUGGAUGGCGUAUAAUCUUCCUGAAGAUUUGAAGGCAUCCGAAAACCCUUGCGCGCUUUACUGCAUAAGUGAAACUAAUCUGGUGGCAUCGCUGAGACCGAAAGUGGUGGAUGGUACCACUUGCUAUAGAGGCAUUCGGGACAUUUGCGUCGGGGGUGUAUGUAGGGAAAUACCUUGUGACCUAGAUAUGGAAUCCACCGCCGUCGAAGACGUUUGUGGUGUCUGUCGAGGCGAUAGUACCUCAUGCAUCUUGAAGCAAGGAACAGUGUCCUUUACAGCCCAACCUCGACUCAAGAAAAUAACAGACGUGCCGGCCGGUGCCAGAAAUAUUCGCGUCGAGGAGGCAGAACCAACUAAAUCCAGAAUCGUAGUGCGCACAAGAAAUACGAAAACUGUGUUGAUCGAUGGCAACCGUCUAGGAAUGUUCAAUGUGCCGGCUUCCAAGGCGUGGCUGGGAAUGAUAAGACCGAGGCAGGAAGCUUUGAAUAUACCGGGACCCGUCACUGAGGACUUGACUAUAUUGGUUUUAGCAAAGGAGAACGUUACGUUGAAAUACUCGUUAGGAUUGAAGCAACGAACUUCCCGCAAACACGAGUUCACAUGGGACUACAUCGAUUGGGAGAAAUGCUCUGCAGGUUGCGGCCCGGGAGAACAGAUAUCGAAACCUCGUUGCAUCGAGAAAAUCGGCGGACUAGUGGACGAUAAAUUUUGCAGAAACAUCACUAAACCAGACGCAAAAGUCAGACCAUGCAAUCAAGCUCCCUGUAUACCGCGGUGGAUCAUUGGUGAGUGGCAAGGCUGUACACCGUGUACGCCAGGCUGCAAGAGAAGGCGCGCUGUCAAAUGUGUACGACCCGUUGGCCGUGGCGAGCAGGAUCUCGACGUGAUCGAGGACAGCUACUGCCAAGGACCGAAGCCAAGGGAGUCAGCGUCUUGCGAAGCCAGCCGACGAAGACGAGAAGACAGAGGUGCCGCCGACAGCAAACGUGGCCUCUUCUCCGCUCGGUCGAGCACGCCAACACGACAAAACGACUUGAUUAGAGCUGCUAAAGUGCCCGCUAAGUCGGCUUUAAACGGCGCCAUCGUAGAUGACCGACACCCAGGUGAUCUCUCCACAUGGACAGGAUAUUCGUUUAAUCGCUCUUGUUUCAUCGGCACCGGGUACGUUAAUGCGCUUCCAAAUGAAACAAUGACUUUAAUUCGAAAUUCGACUAAAACUCGUCAAGAUCGUUCUCAGACAGAUAAAAAAUCAGGAAACACAUCGAAUAUUAAGGAGAACAUGAGCGCGAAUAAGAUUAAGAAGGGCGAGGUAGUGGUUGAUAAAGAGGACAUUCGAAAUCUAACGCUCACGAUUAUUCUGGAACGCGAUGAGAAGAAUGUCGUUACGAAUUUUCCGAAGGAUUUUGAGCCUCGUCCGCCGGAGAAUAGCACGGAAUUCACCUUGGUCGGCAUGGACGCUCUCAGAUACAUACAAAGAAUUCAGGAAGAAGCGCGCGCGCGCGUCCCCCGAGGUCUCGAUUUUUCGCGAACGACGUGCAUGCGAUACACGAUGAAGUAGAUCGAUGGCGUAAAUGAUCGCGAGAAGAAACUC